AUGGGUCUUGUGUGACGUGUGCUGUUUUCAGUUCUUCAUUCUCAUAAUGACGACUAACCUGUUUGCAGUUGUGCUGUGGUGCGCCGCAGCGCUUUCCGGUCUGCUUGCGGCGCCAUCUUGGCCGGCAGUCACCUGUGACGAGGAAAACGUGACGUCGGCUGCGACUUUUGGUGUCCGACACAUCGAUGGAAAGCACGAGCAUGGAUUCCGGUUCAAGCUUCAGGAGGUCCAGAGCAGCAAAUAUCAACACGUAUCAGGAGGUUGCCACAUAGAUGUGAAUGUGAAGCUCGUGCAAACCAAAUGUCACUUCACCAACCCCAAACCUGAUGACCAAUGCGAGCUGUGGCGACGGGAUGAAUGGGGUGCAGUUGCCACCUGCAGCAUUGAAUUCUGGGUGAUGUGGGGUGUGGCCAAAGUCACCAGACAUGAAUGCACAACCAGACCAGAACUUACCAAUGAGGAGUUGGAGAUGGUUUGUCCGUUUUGCCCCAAGUUGUUGCCUCUCGAUGACCCGACAGCAGUGAAGGCUGUGCACGACUCUGUGGUCAAGUUCAACCGGGAGAGUCAACACCAGAACUACUUCACCCUGAUGGAAGUGGCUCAUGUGACAAUGGGGUCUGUUCCAUCCAUCGGCACGGUUACCUUGCUGAAGUUUGCCCUGGUUGAGACCACGUGUCCCAGAGGCGCCAGGAAUACUUUUGUGCCCUGCACCCCUCGCUGUCCGGACAGAGCUAAUCACGCCUUUUGUCAAACCACUUACUACAACUUGCACAGACAAGUGGGAAAACUUGAGUGUGAAUUCUAUCCCCCAAAAAAUCCAGGCCCCUACCCGACUGAUGUGCCAGAACCUGUAUGCAGGCCGUUGUUCCACCAAAGUCCAGAAGCUUGUGUGUGCAAAGCACAGCUGAACAACCCAGAUCAUGCGAUCCACCACAUUUGUCCGUUCCCGCUUCAGUGAUAUUUAUUGAACUAUUUUAAUUAAAACAAGAGUACCUUGCUUACAGUAGUGCAGAAGGUGACGGUAGGGCACCAUUAAGAUGGACUAUCAACUGCCAACUUUAUCCUAUUCAGGGUUGUCAACUCUUUCACGACAGAACCCCUUCCAGUUGGACUGUGGAGGUUUGAUGCUUUUCUGAGGAGUUGGUUUUGAUGUAGAGAUUAUACAGCAAAUGUGGACAGAUUAUUUAUUUUUUUAUCCCAAGCGACUGGCAGCAGUGGGGGGGGGGGGCAUGCACAGAUCACUGUAAAUGGUAACUGGGAAGUGUUGUGUUCUGAGAGCUAGCAAAGCUAGUUGAUGCUCCGUGUUAUUACUAUACCGACCAUUGAGGAAACUAAAUAAAAAUAACAAUGUUCAAAUGUUUGAGCCAGAACACACAAGCGCAAUUUGACGUGUUGGGAGGGAUGUGGUGCUGACGAUGAACAACAGUCCCAUGAAAUGAACUGUGGAGAUUUGA